AUGUCAUCAUCUACAGAGCCGGCGAGUUAUUUUUAUUUCGAAACUUGGAGACUUUAUGAUCCAUUAUAUCUGAUAUUUUGCAUUCCUGCUACAAUUCACUAUAUUAUCGUUUUAAAAGUUGUUUCACAUCUGAAAGAAAAUAACAGUUUCUUAUUUAUUUUUACAAUUUUGGGAAUAUCAGAUAUUUUUUAUUUUGUUGUUACACUUUUAUGUGAACUUUUCCAUUAUACAAAUUGGGUGCCAGAUUUUGCGUUUGUUUGUUGCGUGGUAGCAUCGUAUUACGGAGUAUUUUUCAAUUUACUCUCAAAUGGAUUACUUUCGCUUAAUCGAUUUUGUGCCACCUGGGUGUGGUAUAAUACUUAUUUUGACAAACCCCUUAUCAAGUUAUAUUUUUUGAUAAUUUCAUUGGUAUCUUUCAUAGCAACCAUUCCGGGAGGAACUUUAAUGAUUUUUUAUUUUUUUAAAGACUACAGUUUAAGUGCUCAAUACGGGAAGACUGGUUUGGAUUCGUUCAAUUUUCAUCGAACUAUCAUAGCAGUCAUGAUGAUAACUGAUGCGUUAAUUAGUUUUUUUACAAGUUUAUUCACUCUAUAUCGGUUGAGAAAAUAUAAAAUCAAUUACGAUAAGAGUCUCCUUUUGGUAACAACAUUUCAUAUUUUUCCGGAUGUUCUAGUUGCAAUGUUUAAUAUUGAUAUGAUUUUUCAAGUAUCCGGACAAUCUCAAUUUAUGAAUGAAUUGAGUCGUAUGUUCCUAAUCUUCUUGGUCUCAUUCAACAGUUUGACAAUUGUGUGCACAAAUCGACAAAUUCGUAAAGAAUAUUUCACUUUGAUUCUAUCAGCUGGCAAUGUUACUCGGUGCCGAACAACAGUAAGCAGAGCAUCAACAACUCUGGUUGCACCAAGUUCCGAUAGAAUAACCGUAUUUUGA